AUGGCCGAACCGACAAUUGUUCUCCGAAGUCCUAUUAAAUCAACAACACCAUCCCUUCGAUGUUCAUCACCAAAUUCAUCUUUAAAUUCACCUACACAUAAUAGUACUGUUAUUAUUCUCAAAGAUAAUAAUAAUAAUGAUCAAGAACAAACGCAAUCUUUAUCUACAGUUAAAAAUUCAGCAAAUAAUUCAUCUUCAUUUUCAACCCUUAAAACUGUUCAAACUAACCUUUAUUCUGCCGGUCACACAGGUUUAUAUAAUUUGGGUAAUACAUGUUAUGUUAAUUGUGUACUUCAAUUACUCAGCCAUGUCCCACAAUUCUGUGAUGCUAUUUGUUCGAUGAGUUUUGAAAGCCUCGGUUUAGAACAACCGUCAGAUGUACCAAUGGUUGCUUCAUCUCAUAAUCCAAACCGCUUGAAAGGUGGUGGUCGCGGUUUAUUAAAAGCACUCGAAGCUCAACCACGUCGAGUACCAUGUUAUCUCGCAUAUGAAUUACAUGGAACAUUUAAUAUAAUCUGGUCGGGUAAAUGUAUGGUUUAUUCGCCAUUGAAUAUGAUCGCUGCUAUUCGACGUUUAUUACCUACUUUUGAACCAUGUGCAAUGGAAGAUGCACAAGAAUUUCUUGAAGCAUUAUUAGCUGCUGUUACAGAUGAAAUAAAAGCAAAUAAAUUAGCUAAUACUAAUAUUAUUAAUGAUCUAUUAGGUUUCUCCUCUGAAAGUCAGAUAUUAUGUGAACAAUGCCAUCGUUUAUCAGUCACAAAAACAGAUGAAACAUUUAUCACAUUAACAUUCUCAGAGAAGAUGCUUUGUGAUGUACGGGGAUCUAGUCGUCGACGUUCGUGUCAUCUUACAGAUAUGCUUGCUCAUUUUUAUCAAUGGGAAGCAUUAUCAACCCCAUUUCAAUGUUCGAAUUGUACCGUUCGAAGCUCAUCUAAAGAAGGUACAAAAGCACAAAAACGUUUAUUAAUAUCUAAACUUCCUCAAGUAUUACAUGUUGUCUUACGACGAUUCAGAUCAUUACCACAAACACCCGUACGACGAUCAACAUCUCGUCAAGCACGUCAGUUAUCACAUAAAAUAACAUUACAUGUGAAUUUUGAUGAAUAUCUUAAUAUGGCCCCGUAUUGUGCACCAUCAACAACAGCAACUUCGUUUCCACUAACACGUUCAAAACAAUAUGAAAAUUCUACAAGUGAAUGUUUAUAUCGUUUACGUGGAGUCAUUGUACAUUAUGGUAAAAGUAUCAAUACGGGACAUUUCGUUGCUUUUGUUUAUAAUGAUGUUCUUGGUGAAUGGCUACGUUGUGAUGAUCAUAUUAUUGAACAGACAACUUUUGAAUCUGUUAAAACAUCUGAUGCUUACAUACUUGUAUAUAGUCGUUGCACACCAUUUUCAAUUGCAUCUUCUAUUCUAACGAAUCCAUCAGGUGAAAAAACAAAGAAAUAA